AUGGGUCUCACACUGCAGCAGAACCACCCAGAGAGCGACAAGGCUCUGCGCUACAUCUCCCAGCUCGACGAUGCUCGCUGUGCCGGACGGUGGAGCGACGUCCCCGAGCUGUGCAGGAAGGUCGAGAAACAUGCGCCGCACCGACAAUGUCUCACCAAGACAGCGCGCGCCGAAGCGCAGAUAGCCAGAUACAGCACCCAGAGACCUUCGACCGCCUCCUCGACCGCAUCGUCCGGCCUGUCCACCAUCAUACCAACACUGCUCACCGCCAUCGACGAGGAGGGAGACCAUGUGCAGGAUGCAUUCCAGGCCACCGUCUGUCUGGCAUGGCUGCAUUAUGUGCUCGAGGAGCCCGGACUGGCCAUCGCACGGCUGCCCAAAGACAUCGCGGCAGUCGCGACCAAGAUGCAGGAAACAUCGCCGACCAAUUGGACACAGGCGUGCAUUGUCAAGGGCGCCUUCCUCAAAGGCUCGUCGCACGAGAAGACUGGCUCCAUAGAGGAAGCCGUCACCUCCUUUGCAUCAGUUCUACCGUGGCUGUCAUCGAAGCCCAUCGCAAAUGAGACGCCCCAGUUCAAAAUGUGGACCGAGCACCUUCUCGUGCGCCUCUGCCACUUGUCCGAUCAGUCUUCGGAUGCAGCCAGCCAUACGGAUCUCACAGAUGCUCUUCAAGCGUUUCGAUUCUGGGCCAAGUAUUGGGAGACUACAGCAAAAAGUGGUGGGACUGAAGGCGCAAGUGCGGCCAGAUACCGACGCCAAGCGUGGAAGGCAUACUACGACACCCUAUCUGCCAUUCUGCGCCAUGACGUGCCUUACGAUUCCGAAUCUGUUUCCGCGGAGCCUGCGACGGAGAAGUCCCCGGUGCUACCACGCACCAGGCUGCAGCAGCGUGCAGAGCUGAAGAAGGUCGAGACAAUUUACGAAAGCUUGCUACUGAAGGAGACCCAUUUCCCGAAAGCCAGCGAAAGUAACAUUGAGAUCGAACAAUGGGUUGACUCCGCUAUCGACAAUUGGCGGGUUUUCUGUGGACCAAAUUGGACAGAUGCAGACCUAGGUGCUGGUGGAAAGGAAGCUGUGGGCAGGUGCAUGUUGGAUAUCCUCUACAGAGCAGCCACGAAAACGUAUCAUUCCACUCAGAUCCUGCGUCACCUCUUCGCUGUCCACGCCUCCCUCGCUGAUUUUGACCUUGCAUUUAAAGCGUACGAUUCAUACGUCGAAAUUAUUACUCGGGGCAAAGACCGUGCGGAGAAGACUGGAGAACGGGAUGCGGGGAUCGACGACGAUAGCACUGUACUGAGGACGUCCGCCGAAGCUAUCAGAGUUCUAUGCCGUUUUGGCUCACGUGAAGAGUCUAAGAAAGCUCUGGAGAUUGGCGAAACGAUCGAGAAGUGGCUAGAACAAAGUGAGCAUACCGGUCUGUCCGUAUCUGACGCAGGCUCCACAAGAUCAAUCGAGACGAUUGUAGAGCCCCGGUCUCUUGCUAUUGCAUACUCUGGAAUAGCCAUCAGCUUGGCACAAUGGGCACGCUUCACAUUCGAAGCGGAUGCUCGCGCUCGUAUACAAGCUAAAGCUGUCUCCUACCUUAGGAAAUCACUCGCGCCGAAACUAGAGGAACCGAACAACCUUGAGGCUCUGUAUGCGCUAGCUCUGGUCCUAGCGGAGAUGAGGGACAUACCUGGGUCGAUCAAAGCUGUUAAGACAGCUCUCUCUCCUGCGACGAAGACCAAGACGUUUAUGAGCGCGGAUGGCGUCAUUAAUGCUGGUCAUACAACUGAGUUCGGACGCGAGCGGAAAUUGAUCCCCUUUUGGCACCUACUAGCGCUCCUCUUGACUGCGAGAUCGGAUUUCUCUGCUGCAGAGCAGGCCUGCGAAGCGGCUUUUGAACAAUUUGGAGAUCCCACCAUCUUGUUCGGAAGAGAUGACACUGAAGGUUAUCGCAGCGAGCAUCUGAAUGAAGUCAAUGGCAAGAGUGAGCGAAGUGUUGGUAUUGUUGACCGGAUGGAACGUUUCGAGAAAACCGCAGUUCUCGAGAUCAAAAUGACGCAGCUAGCGCUCGUGGAGGUUGUGGAUGGCUCUACCCCCGCAGUAGACGGAUGUGAUGAGCUUCUCGCUCUAUACGCACGACUCUUUGGCGAUCCAGCUGCCGAGAAGAUUCCACCGAAACCGGCUACAAUAGCGCCUCCAAAGAGCUCAGCUGGCACCAUUCGAGGGAGCAUCUUCCGAUCAAAGGGGUCUGUCAAGAGCCCACUGAAGAACCAUACCGCCCGUCAUUCAUCCGUCGCAAGUUCCAAUGCGUCAGCGGCCGUCACUCAAACUUCUCAAGCACCCACAAUCCAAGUCACCGACGAGAAUUCAAAUGGAACUGUAAAAGAACACCAUCAUCAUCAUCAUAUUCUACCUCACAGACACCACGACGAUCACUCAGGUGUCCAAAGAAGUCCGAGCAAGCUGCAAAAAAGGAGUGCCAACAGCUUGCGCAGAAGAUCCGAACUAGAUGGGCAACGAGAACCCGAAGUACCCCAACUGCCAGAUGGUGUUGCCGAUAGUACACCUGCUCGGAGCAGCACUGUACGCAGUAGGUCCGCCCGGCGUUCUUCUGUCUCGAGCUCGAAUCGUAAGUCAGUCGAAAGCAACGACCGCUCGCUGCGACCAAUAGCACACAACAUGCCGCCCACGGAGGAGCCUCCGCCUUCUGGUCACCUCACUCAGCCGCCUAAGCAAGAUACAAGGUUACCUGCACCUCUCCCGAACCCAGGCUUCAUCCCGCCGGAGCCACACUUCUCCAAGAUUCAGGAGCGCCGGCAAAAGGUCUCUUUGCUGACCUCAAUAUGGCUUUUCAUUUGCGGGCUUUACACGCGAGCUGACAUGUAUGACGACGCCAACGAUGCUGUUACUGAAGCCCAAAAGCUCGUAGAAGCCUUCGAGGGUGAGGUAGCUCAAGAAUCCUCGACUAGUAAAGCCUUCGCAGCAAGGGGAUGGGGUGGCGGUAAGAGCAUAGAAGAACUCUGGGCCGACGUUUACGCUGCGCGUGGAGAACUGCUCUCAGCCCGAGGUCUCAAACAUGAUGCGCGCGACGAAUUCGAACGAGCUGUUCAGCAUUUCCCCGAUCAUCCAGAAGCCAUUGUCGGGCUCUCCAAUAUCUUGCUUGACAUAUACUGCAAGAUCAUUUCAUUGGAGCGGACAUCCAAUCUGGGAGGUCCCGCGCCUUCGGCGCCGCAGUCUAUCCCUUCAAGCGCGAACUCGUCAGAUUCGCCAACAGCACAUCUAACGGCCCAUACGCCCUCUGCCGAGAAUCAGCUGUCGCCGCCUGAGCUCACCCGCCUCGCUGCCCGAGACCGUGCCUUCGGUCUCCUUUCGACUUUAACAAAACGCGGUGCGGGAUGGGACUACUCCGAGGCAUGGUAUGCGCUGGCCCGCGCAUACGAGGAAAGUGGCCAACUCGACAAGACGAAAGAGGUGCUGUGGUGGUGUGUGGAACUUGAAGAUACGCAUCCUACCAGAAGCUGGCACAAUGUAACUUUGGGUGGGUUCGUGUUGUAG